GAAGGAGGAGAGGAGGGGGCAGUGACAACAUGGAGGGAAGGCCCGGACCCGCCUGCUCCCCGUGCUGACCGCUGUCCUGAAGGCCACUACAGCCGGGAUGGAGCUCCGCUGGGCGGGAUCGUGAGGCUCCCCCCGGCCCCGCAUCCGGCCCCCCGCGCCCCCCGACCCCGUGAGUAUGGACGAGUGGAAACUGAAUGCUCCGGGCAAACCGUACAACCUGCGGAAGAGGCGCGGCUGGUAUCUGGCCUGGAAAUACAAGCUAGGCAACCAGAGGAGCCUUCGGCGGCUUUGCCAGACAGGGGCCGUGCUCUUCCUGCUGGUGACGGUCAUUGUGAAUAUCAAGCUAAUCUUGGACACCCGCCGGGCAGUCAGCGAGGAGGAGGAGGAAGAGCCAGGCCAGGACUAUGAUGAAACCCUGCAGCGUCUGGACCCCCCUCGCCGGCCGGCCGGGGCCCGUAAGGUGCUGGACGUGGAGGUGUACUCGAGCCGCUCCAAGGUGUACGUGGCUGUGGACGGGACCACGGUCUUGGAGGACGAUGCCCGGGAGCAGGGCCGCGGGAUCCACGUCAUCGUGCUGAACCAGGCCACGGGCCACGUGAUGGCGAAGCGGGUGUUUGACACCUACUCACCUCAUGAAGAUGAGGCCAUGGUCCUCUUCCUCAACAUGGUGGCCCAUGGCCGCGUCCUCAUCUUCACCAUCAAGGACGAAGGCUCCUUCCACCUCAAGGAGCCGGCCAAGGCCCUGCUGAGUAGCCUGGGGAGCCAGCUGGCUUCGGCCCUCAACUGGAGGGACAUGUGGGCAUUCGUGGGGAAGAAAGGAGGUGAUGUGUUUGGUGAAAAGCACUCCAGGUCUCCCGCACUGUCCACCUGGGGGGACCCAGUCCUGCUGAAGACCCAGGUCCAGCUGACCGCGGUGGAAGAUGCCGAGUGCCACUGGCCUGACACAGAGUUGAACCGGCGACGGAAGCGCUUCUGCAGUAAGGUGGAGGGCUACGGCAGCGUGUGCAGCUGCAGGGACCCCACCCCUAUCGAGUUCAACCCCGAGCCGCUCCAAGGCAAUCAAGUCGCGAACGUGCCCGUGGCCGUCAUCGCGGGGAACCGUCCGAAUUACCUUUACCGGAUGCUGCGGUCUCUGCUCUCGGUUCAGGGGGUCACCCCGCAGAUGAUCACAGUCUUCAUUGACGGCUACUACGAGGAGCCGAUGGACGUGGUGGCUCUGUUUGGCCUCAGGGGGAUCCAGCACACGCCCAUCAGCAUCAAGAACGCCCGGGUCUCCCAGCACUACAAGGCCAGUCUGACGGCUACCUUUAACCUGCAUCCGGAUGCCAAGUUCGCCGUGGUUUUGGAAGAAGACUUGGACAUCGCAGUGGACUUCUUCAGCUUCCUCAGCCAGUCCAUCCACCUGCUGGAGGAGGACGACAGCCUCUACUGCAUCUCGGCCUGGAAUGACCAGGGCUAUGAGCACACGGCGGAGGACCCGGCCCUCCUGUACCGUGUGGAGACCAUGCCCGGCCUGGGCUGGGUGCUCAGGAGAUCCCUCUACAAGGAAGAGCUGGAGCCCAAGUGGCCCACACCUGAGAAGCUGUGGGACUGGGACAUGUGGAUGCGGAUGCCAGAGCAGCGGCGAGGUCGCGAAUGCAUAAUCCCCGACGUCUCCCGCUCCUACCACUUUGGCAUCGUGGGGCUCAACAUGAACGGCUACUUCCACGAAGCCUACUUCAAGAAGCACAAGUUCAACACCGUCCCCAGGGUCCAGCUGAAAAAUGUGGAGAGCCUGAAGCAGGAGGCCUACGAAGUGGAGGUUCACCGCCUUCUCAGCGAGGCCGAAGUCCUGGACCACAGCAAGAACCCCUGUGAGGACUCCUUCCUGCCCGACACUGAGGGCCGCACCUACGUCGCCUACAUCCGCAUGGAGCAGGAAGCCGAUUUCUCCACAUGGACGCAGCUCGCCAAGUGCCUCCACAUCUGGGAUCUGGACGUGCGGGGGAACCACAAGGGGCUGUGGCGGCUCUUCCGGAAAAAGAAUCACUUCCUGGUGGUGGGGGUUCCGGCCUCCCCCUACUCGGUGAAGAAGCCCCCGUCCAUCACGCCCAUUUACCUCGAGCCCCCCGCGAAGGAGGAGGCUGGAGCCGCGGAGCAGUCGUGAGGAGCGGCGCCGCCGUGAGCCAGGGGGAAGGGGCUCCCUCCCUCCAGGGUGGGGCCAUGACACCCCCCGGGUCUGGGUACCGUGUACUCCCCGGGAGAAGCCCCUGCCCUGGGCAGGAGAGGAUGCAGGAGGUGGGUGCCCUCCCUAUUAGGUUUUUAUAAACACAGGACAGUGACACUCCCCCUCCCGCAUCCCGUUCCUUCCAGCCCAGGGACACUGGUCACUGAUUCCCCGGCCCCGCCUGACCCUGCUAGGGGUGGGUUUUAUUUAUUGGUUGCCAGGUCUCCUUUCUGCCCUUCCCCCUGUGCCAUGGCCCCCGGUUGGGCUGGGAGAAGGGCUAAGGCAGUGAGCAGGCUGGACCGGAGGUUGUCGGCCAGUAGCCCCCACUCCCAGUGGGGUUGGUGGUUGAGAUUGGACCCAGGCUCUAAGCCCUGGCCACCUCCAGCCCAGGACAAGCUGCCUCAGUUUUCACUGCGGGGUGGGGAGAUGUGUUGGGGGAGGGAGGGGCUCAAUGCCCAUGCUGCCACUAACCCUCAUCUCUUUUCCCAAACUUGGGGCCCUCCCUCACCCCAUUCAGGGUUCAAGGUGGUCAGAUAAAGUGGCCACUGCCCCUGGGCCAGCAGAGCGGACACAGACCUAGAGGUGGGAUCAGCAUUAGGGAGGCACGGAACCUUCCUUGAGAUGAUUUUGGGGUUUUCCUCUGUCGGGGGAACCUGGAGAAUAUUGAUUAAAAAAGGGAAACAUCU